CGGACUGACACUUCCGUGUUGUGUGUGUGUGUGAGAGAGUGUGUGAGACCGACCGACCGUAAAGCAGUCACAAGUGUAGUAACGUGUUCAAAGUGUGUGUGUGUUCUCUGUUGCUCCAUCUGCCGCUGUUCUUCCUCCACAGACUCGAGACUGAUGUCAGGUGAAGGUGAAGACAGGAGGAAGGAGAAGCUACAUGGAGGCUAACUGACUGGACUGAAGUGACCUACACACACUGCGGUUCACCCGGGCAGCACCAGGAUGCCAGCCGGAGUCUGUGGCUGCUGUGGUCCACUGAGGCCCAGGUACAAACGCCUGGUGGACAACAUCUUCCCUGAGGACCCCAAAGGUGGCCUCAGUAAAUCCGACAUGGAGAAGCUGACUUUCUACGCCGUGUCGGCUCCAGAGAAACUGGACAGGAUCGGAGCUUAUCUCGCCGAGAGACUGAGCAGAGACGUCGUACGACAUCGAUAUGGGUACGUGGUCAUCGCCAUGGAGGCUCUGGACCAGCUGCUGAUGGCCUGUCACUCUCAGAGCAUCAAACCCUUCGUGGAGAGUUUCCUGCACAUGGUGGCCAAACUGCUGGAGUCCAGAGAACCUGACCUGCAGGUCCUUGGCACCAACUCGUUUGUGAAGUUUGCGAACAUCGAGGAGGACACGCCCUCCUACCACCGACGCUACGACUUCUUUGUGUCUCAGUUCAGUGCCAUGUGUCACUCCACCCACGAAGAUCCUGAGACCAGAACCAGGAUCCGUGUUGCAGGGAUUAAAGGUCUUCAAGGUGUGGUUAGGAAGACGGUGAAUGACGAGCUUCAAGCGAUCAUUUGGGAGCCUCAGCACAUGGACAAACUCAUCCCGUCCAUGCUCUUCAACAUGCAGGACAUGGACGACCUGGACAGGGCGGGGCAUCCCAGCACGCCAUCGGGGGUGGGUGAGGACGGCGAGGAGAACCCGGCAACGCUGGCUGAGAGCUGCUUCAGAGAACUUCUGGGCAGAGCGGCAUAUGGCAACAUGAACAACGCCGUGCGACCCGUGUUAGUUCACCUGGACAAUCAUCACCUGUGGGACCCAAACGAGUUUGCAGUUUCCUGCUUCAGGAUCAUCAUGUACUCCAUACAGGCCCAGCACUCCCACCACGUCAUUCAGCAGGUUCUCAAUCACCUGGACAACCACAAAAAGACCAUGCCGCGUGUCAGAGCCGGCAUCGUCCAGGUUCUGCUGGAGACGGUGGCCAUAGCCGCCAAAGGCUCCGUGGGACCCACUGUGCUCGAGGUCUUCAACACUCUGCUCAAACACCUCAGGAUGAGCGUGGACUUUGAGCUCGGCGAUGGCUCCAGGAGAAACUCCAGCACCAGCGCGUCGUCGACCCGUGGCAAAGAGAACGAGGAGCGGAUCGUCCAGAACGCCAUCAUCCAGACCAUCGGAUUCUUUGGUGGGAACCUGCCUGAUUACCAGCGAGCUGAGGUCAUGAUGUUCAUCAUGGGUAAAGUUCCCGUGUACGGGACGCCCUGCCACACGCUGGACAGCGUCAAGAUCGGACAUCAGGGCACCAAGAGGGUCCAGACCAUGCUGCUCAGCUCCCUCAUCAUGGUGACGUCCGGCUUCAAGUCCAAGUCCAUGGCAGCUGCGUUGCCUCCUCCAUUCCUGGACCCGCUCUUCUCCAUCUCUCUGAUGGAGGACAGCGAGCUGAGGCAGCUGGUGCUGGAGAUCCUGCACAACAUCAUCGAUCGCCAUGACAACCGUGCCAAGCUGCGAGGCAUCAGGAUUAUUCCAAAUGUUGCCUCGUUGAAGAUUAAGCGAGAGAAGAUUUCCAAACAGGACGUGGCGUUCAUGAAGAAGCACGGUCAGCAGCUCUACCGUCACAUCUACCUGGGCUGUAAAGAAGAAGAUAACGUCCAUAAGAACUUUGAGCUGCUCUUCACCACUCUGGCCAUCCUGACCAUCGAGCUGGCCAACGAGGAGGUGGUCAUCGACCUCAUCAGACUCUCUAUCGCCCUGCAGGACAUGGCUCUGGCUAACGACGAGAACAUGCCUAUGUUUAUCCGCUGCGGCGUCAUGGCGCUGGUGGCAGCAUAUCUCAACUUCCUGAGUCAGAUGGUCGCAAACCCGCCGUUCUGUCAACACGUCAGCAAGGUGAUCGAGCUGAGGAACAUGGACGCUCCAUACCUGCUGCCAGAACACGUCUUCAGAGACAAGUGUCCUCUCCCAGAGUCUCUGGACAAAGACGAGCGACUGCUUUACUUCCAGACGUUGGACAUGUCCGAGUGUCUCUCAGGACCAGGAUAUAACACAGAGAGACUGUCUGUCCCUUAUGUCCCUCAGGUCACAGUUGUUUACACAGUAGGAAAAAUCCUGCACAGGUGCAUGCAGACGUCCAGAGAUCGUUUGACCCGGAGGAAGAGUUACGUGGACACCAUCUCCCUGCAGGUAGACAUCAUGUCCAACAACCUUCCAGACAAGACACAACUCGCUGAGGAGAUCACGUUUGAGACACUGAAGAAGGCCAUUGAUACGACUGGUCUGGAGGAGCAGGAGAGAGAGAAGAGACGUCAGGUGAUGGAGAAGUUCCAGAAAGCUCCGUUCGAAGAGAUCGCAGCUCACUGCGAGUCCAAGGCGAACAUGUUGCACGACCGCCUCGCUCAGAUCUUUGAACUAACUAUUCGGCCGCCACCCAGUCCAUCCGGAGUCGCCUCCAUCUCAGCGGGACACACCCAGCACCAGUCUGUCCCCAUCUACGAGAUGAAGUUUCCAGAUCUGUGCGUCUACUGAACAACAACAACCACAGUGAAAACAGCUGAAACGUAAAAAUGCAAAAAUUCAGAUGCCGAAAAAAGAUUUGACUCAAAGACAAUCUGAGCUUCAGGAUCCGGUUCAGAGAACUGUCCCAGUCUUUAACUCAUCAAACUGUUUAGAACUGUCCAAACCCGUUCAAAAAGCUGUCCAGAGCCGUACCAAACUCUUUAGAACAUCUCAAACUGUUCAAAAACGACCUCGUACCUCUCAAGUUAGGAACUGUCCAUUAUUGCCCCUAGCCGUCGAGAACCUGAACACAGUUUUUCAGAACCACCUUUAAUUGGCCUGAAUUUGUCUGUUCAAAGGAACUUUUCCACACUGCCUAGAACUGUACAAGACUAUCCAGAAAUGUCCCAGACUAUUCAAGACUGUCCAGAACUGUCCCAGACUAUUCAAGACUAUCCAGAACUGUCCCAGACUAUUCAAGACUAUCCAGAACUGUCCAAGACUAUCCCAGACUAUCCAGAACUGAACAAGACUAUCCAGAACUGUCCCAGACUGUUCAGAACUCUACCCGACUAUCAAGAAUUGUCCAAGACUAUCUAGAACUGUCCAAGACCAUCCAAAACUCUACCCCACUAUCCAGAACUGUCCAAAACUAUCCAGAACUGUAUCAGACUAUCCAGAACUGUCCUUGAGUGUCCCAGACUAUCCAGAACUUUCCAAGACCAUCCAGAACUGUCCAAGACUGUCCCAGACUAUCCAGAACUGUUCAAGACUAUCCAGAACUGUCCAAGACUGUCCCAGACUAUCAAGAACUUUCCAAGACUAUCCAGAACUGUCCAAGACUAUCCAGAACUUUCCAAGACUGUCCCAGACUAUCCAGAACUGUCCAAGACUAUCCAGAACUGUCCAAAUCUAUCCAGAAAUGUUCAGAAGUCAAACCUGAAAAGACCUGACCAACUGUCUGGACAUCAAACGAUCUACUGAACUUUUUGUCCUGACUCGUCCCUGAAACACAAACCGGUCACAUGACGCUGAUGUUGUUUCCGACUUCUAGUGAUCAAGUCAGAACUUCGUCCAUUUUGCUUCAGUCCAGAACGAAGUUCUCGGAGAAACCUGAUUUGAAACCAGGUCCAGGUUUUAAAUGUGAAAGCUGAAGAAUGAGUUCUCACAUUAAAAAAAGUAACAAUCAGAAAUGUGUGAUAAAAAGUGAAACAUCAGCAGAGAUCACAGAUUAGUUCCAGACUCGUUAACAUUUGUCAUCCAUAAAUUUUCUCUUUGUUUUUGUUCUUAAAGUCGUGAGGAAAACACCUGGUUUUGUGUUUCACACGUCAACAGCGCCUCCUGUGACCAGAGCAAUAAACUGGUCUAUGAAGCAUAUGCGUUCUUUCAACAAAGACCUCAAUAAAUCUGAUCUGUGGCAGAGACGUUAAUAAACUGAGAGAAAGAUGUUAUUGUGCAGUGUUUUAUACACUGGAAAUACAUCUGCAGUAUUUUCAGGCUCAUUUUAAUCCCAGAGAAUUUUAUUUCUUUUAUUAUUUUAUUUUAUACAAACAAAAAUUAUUCAGUUUGUUUUUCUUUCUUUGUUAAAUAGAGCAAAGAAACCUGAACAUAUUUAGUUUAGUCACAGUUCUAACCGCGUGUAAACAAACCUAAAAUCAUAAUUGUUACUAAAUCGUACGAUUUCCUUGCCCACGGCUGAUUCAACGCUGUGACGUCGUAGAAUCUGCUUGUGUUUCACAAAUCUGCAUCAAGUUUGGUGUCAAAAAUUCAGACUCUCUCAAAAAAUCGUAAUUAUUUUGGAACUCGGGAAAAGUUCAAACCCCAACUUAAAAAACUAAUUUGAGUUCUAGAAGUGGAUCAGAACACCUGCAGUAUUCACCCCAUCGUCUAGGAUAUUACAGUUUUCUUUACGUGAAAACAUUCUCCUGAGCGAAAAGUCGCGACACCAGAGUGUUGCACGGAAUGUUACAAUCAAAUCUGCCAACUCACCUGUUAGCUUAGCCGUUCGCUUCACCUGAGGAAAUCUGGCAACAAUAGUUUAAAGUUUCUUUAUCGGACGUCCAAUUACAGCAUAGUUCAUAGUAGAUGGUAGGAGGCGGCCCCUACAGUGAAAAUGUUGCUAUGACAGCAUCGCUAGCAAAGAAAGAGUGUCGGACAAAAAGAACGCAAUAAAAAAAACGUGUCAAUGUGGGCGGAGCCUGGAAACGUCUCUGAUUACGUUUUGCAAUAAAAUGCUGUAGUUACGACUUUUGCCAAUGUAGUUUUUAGACAUGUGGAGUCUUUGCUACGUUAUUUAUCUUCAACGUAUGAAAUAUCUUCCGUCGCUGUCUUCACUGCGUAAAAAAAAAAAAUCUCCGCUUUUGACGCAAACUGUUGAUGUGAAAUCAGUGUCAUUGUUUCGUUUUGAAGCUGCAUGAAGUUUAACCGCGAGCUGCCGCUGCCUCAAUGAAUGCUGGGAAAAUUUCAUCCACAAGAUUCUUAAAUCAGGUUUUUUUUUCUUUAAAAUAAAUCGGUGAACAAAUGUCGCUUUUUUUUCUUAAGAGAUCAAAUCUGAUUUAACUGAAUUGUCUGAUCACAUGAUCACUUCCUCAACAUGAAUGUGUCGUUAUCGCAGUUUAUUAUAUCGUAUAUUUUUGUACACGUGUUGUUAAAUUGUUGCCUGGUAGAGAUUUUUAGACGUCAAGGGAGAAAACCGUAAAGUUGGCGGUUCAGGGUUUUACUGCGGAUGUGCAGCGUGUUUGUCGCAUUUGGAAAAGUAUUUACUUAUAAAAUGCAUUAUAAGCGUAAUGAAUGUCAAAUCUUUUGUCAGAUUAUGUGAGACAUUUUUGAGUCGUAAAAAAAAAAAAAAAACUUUAUUUAGUUUGUAGAUGUUUGAAGUUGCAGCUUUGGUUCAGACAGAAAUGCGACUUUUCACCAUCAGUAACACAAGCUCCUCCCACUAUUCAUCACAGCCAAAUUUGCCAUCGUUCCGAGUCAUCCAACUGUGAUGUUUGCGCGCAGACGGUAUCGUUAUAUCGUUAAAAAUUCAAUAAAAUCAGCUGCCGAACUAUUUAAAAGUCCAAUAUGUAAUACAUGUAAUAGACUUAAGUGCCACUAGUUGUCGCAGUUGAGUCUGUUUUAUUACAAAUCAAGAGUAAAUAUGCAAACAAACAAAAUAGCACAAUUGUCAAAUAAAUUCGUAAAAAUGUCACCUUCACUUUUCAACAUAACUAGCAUCGUUUACAUAAACGGGUUUCUCGCAUCUUACAUAUUGGAACCUUUAAAGAAUUCAAAAAUUUUAUUUCACACAAAAGUAAAACAUUUUUAAAGACUUCAUGUGAGUUAGUUUGCGACUUAGCGCUGAAUCUUUAUUGCAACUUCCGACUCGCGCUUAUAUUAAAUUAAAAAAAUAUAGAUCAAAUUUAUAUUCAUAGGUUUAACAAGAUAAAUCGUAUUAGUUAGCGCUAAAGACGUUAUAAUCAAACGCCAAGCAGUUCCUUCACAAUAAAAUAUGACCUACAUUUGCACUUUAAUCUCUGUGUCCUGGUACGAAAGCUAAAUGUUUCCAUCUUUUAGGGUUUUAUUCGUGAAAUGUUGCAUCAAAUAAUUUUGUGAAACUAAAAAUAAAAAAAUUCAUCUCGAUCAAUGAUUGAAGAAAAAAUGUUUGAAAUAAUAAAAUUGUUGAUUUCCAAACAAAAAUAAAACCUAAAUUUUUCUUCACUCCACCCACAGUUUCAGAUUGUUUCGUGUAUAAUUUUAAUGCCGAUUUUAAGUAUAUACAUUUUUAAAAAUUAUGCAAUUUAAAUAGUUAAAAAUUUUUAGCUGAACAGUAAACAUUUUGUCUUUAAGUCAUGUUGAUUCAUACAAACAUAAUAUUAUAAUAUUUAUCUUUUUUGUAGAUCCAGUUAAUUUAAACGCGACUAAUAUCAGCAAAAUGGGAUUGCAGUCGCUAUUUCUUCUCGUAAUUAUUACAACAUAUUCAAUAUUCUUUUAACAAAAAAAUCAAUAUUUCAGAAUAAAAUAUUCUACAUUUCGCAUUUUAACAUCGUAAACAAUAGUUAUAAAAAGUAUUCUGUUUUCUGUCCAACUUAUUAAUUCUGAUAAUUAUUUCUACGUUAAAUUCCAUCAUUGUUAAGUUGUGGAAGAACUUUUUUCUGGAACCACAGAGGCGGAGCCUCAGCACUUAAGUGAUUUUGUCGUAAAUUGUGCUUCAAGAUGAAUGUUGAAAAAAUGAUAAUAAAACAUUUCUAUUAAA